AUGUUUAUUAACAAUAAUGCAAAUAACUAGAAGCUUAAAGUUUAAAAUAAUGAAAAUAGGAAUACUUAGGAAAGCUAUUUUAAAUAAGAUAAGGAAAACUAUUAUAAUUAAUGGGAAUAGAAAUUGAAAUAGAGGGAAUUUCAAGUAUUUAAAUCAGUCAUAUAUAGUUUAGUUAGAAUAAAAAUAUAGAGAAUUAAAAAAUUAUUCCAAAAAGUUAAAGAUUAAAAGUGAUGAACUUGUAAAACAAAAAUUAGAAUUAGGAGAAAAAAUAGAGAAAUACAAUAGACUAUUAGAAUAAAUUAUUUAAGCUUAAAUAUCAGAGAGAUAAACUAAUAGGGUUGAUUAAUUAACACCAAAUACUAGUAAAACAAGAAUUAAUAAAAGUGGAAUAAAUUAAUGUUAACAGAGAGUGGCAGAUUUAUUAUAAAAAAUUAGACAUACAAGCAAGACUAAUUUAAAAACUCAACAAUAUUCUUAUUUUGGAAAUAACUCAGAUUAUGAAGAAAUAUUAUUUAGCAAAAGAUAAAAUCAUUCUACUUCUUUUACAGGAAUAAUGAAUAUAAGUUCAUAAGAUUAAAUGAAUCAAUAAUAGUAAUAAUAAUAAUAAAAAUAAAAUGAAAUUUAACCAAAGGAAGAAAUCAAUUAAAAAUAAAGCUUACUUUGUUGUGAAAAUGAAUUGAUGAAUCAUUAAUUGUAAUUGUAAUAAAUGGAAACAAACUAAAAGCAUUUCUAUUCAAAAGUAUAUGAAGAAAUGAAUAAAUUAAAAUAAUAACUUUGA